AUGUCUACUGACGCGACGGACCCUACAGCUGCUACUAAAGUUGCUGCUGAGGCCACCCAGCCUAUCGACGCGUCUCCCAACGCCAAAGGCAAAGGCAAAGCUCCAAAGGAAGAUCAGUCUAUGGAUGAAGAUGAAGACGAUGACGAUGACGAAGAUGACGAAGACGAGGAAGAAGGGUCAGAGGAAGAGGAAGAUGAAGACGACUCCAUGGAAGAAAUUGACCCAUCUGUGAUUAUGGCUGGGCGCCGUACGCGUGGUAAAAAGGUUGAUUAUACAUCCGCUGAGGCUCUCGCAAAGGCAGGUCUGAAGAGCAGCGAGAAAGAGGAAGAUGACGAUGACGACGAAAUGAAAGAAAACUGA